CUGAUCCAUCCACGUCAGACUUGAUACCCAGAACUUCACCAGAUUUACAGAUAGUAUAGAGCAAUAUGUCCAUGUGCUCAACCUCGAAAGAUGUGGACUUGAUGCGCUGUAUGCAUUGCCAGAAGGUGAUCCGCAUGUCUCGCUGCGAUCCUGACUGUCUCCUGCGCCACGUCGAGAUGGAACACCCAAGUAAAUGCACUCUGAACAGCAGCAGGAAAUGCAAGGGUGGUGCAGAGCAAUCCUGCGAUACAAAUGAUAAUCGGGUGGCGAGUCUAGUGGCCAAACCAGCGAGAAGAUCAAGAAUGCAUAUGCUGGCCGCAGAACAUGGGAUCAGCGAGGAACGCCUCUCAGAGAUCAGCAGGAAGACGGGCCUUUCCGAGGAACAGAUGGCCGAAAAGGCAGAUGCAUAUAUGAAGAAAAAGGGUUAUGCCCCUUCCAGUCUUGUCUCUGGUGGAGGCGAGAAAGCUUACACGACAACAUUUUCAUGCCAAGUCAAGGACCCCUGCCCCUGUAAGUGCUCGGAAAAGGAGCAGGCUAAACGCAAGCAGUGCUACAGGCUCUCCAUCAGGCGCUGGAUGCCGGCGGAUGGUUGCAUCUUCUGUCCAUGCUGUGGCUGUCAGCGCCGUCCGAUGAUUAAGGCCGCCUCAGAGAUCGCAACCUCUAAAUGCUGUGCCGCCUGGAUCGUGGUCUGCUGGCCAUUUUGCCUGCUGCCCUGCCUGGACUCAUCGGAUAACCGGGAGUAUCUAUACUGCUCGAACUGUAAGGCCUUUCUGGGCAUUUACGAUCGAGAGAAGCGUUGCAUCAGGCCAAGCAGGGAGUUCGUGACCUGUUGCAGCUCUGCCACUCCACCCCCCACAGCAAAGUAGCCGACAGCAGGUCCUUGUAUUUUGGUAUUUAAAAUUUUUCGGUAUCCCUGUGAAGUGGAGGAGGCUGCUUUGAUCAAGUUUACACCUAUUCCUUUUUACGAAAUAACAUAAAUAAAAUUAUCCAAAUCAUCUUACAGGGAAUAACUAA